CUCCACCAAACAGAUCCGAAAAUAUGGUAGAUUAGCUUCUCCAAAACACGUCAGAAAAUCAGGAAACUCCCAAAUUUUCUUUGGGAUUUAGGAUUUACAAUCACUUCUUUAUGCAAAGUUCAUUUGAUUCCAUGAUGUCAUCUCUAGGUGUUGUUCGGAAUCCACUGCUCAUCCUCCUAACUAGUUUCUUCCUUCUUGCAGCAGCUCAAGAGGGUUCCCGCAAUGUCAUCGUGGGCGAUGCUCUCCCUGCCGAUGAUCGAAACCUUACAUGGCGAUCACCAUCCGGUGAUUUUGAAUUUGGGUUUGGCCGUGUUCCAGACCAACAAGUUGUAGUUCUUCUCCUACGCCACUGGGGUGCUUGCGUUGCCGUUGCUGCUGCCGCCGCCUCCGUUGCCACUGCAACUUGUCGAGCCGUCCCCUGCUUUGAAAACCAAAAAACUCCAAUUGAUUUAGGACUAACAUAUCUGCAUGAAGAAUGCAGCACUCAGAUCAUUCACUGUGACAUAAAGCCUCAGAACAUUCUCCUGGAUGACUCUUUCACGGCAAAAAUCUCAGAUUUUGGAUUGGCAAAACUUUUGAUUAACAGCAAGAGCCAUACGCUGACAGGCAUCAGGGGGACGAAAGGGUAUGCGGCGCCAGAGUGGUUCAGGAGUACCCCUAUCACGGUGAAGGUAGAUGUGUAUAGCUUCGGAGUUAUGUUGCUAGAGAUCAUUUGUUGCAGAAGAUGUGUUGAGCUUGAGAUGGAGGAGGCAGCAAUCUUGACAGAAUGGGCAUACGAUUGCUACAGCGAAGGGAAUCUGGGAAAGUUGGUGGAAAAUGAUGAAGAAGAAAGAAAUGACAUGGGGAGGGUGGAGAUGCUGGUGAAGGUGGCAAUGUGGUGUGUGCAAGAUGAGCCAUCACAAAGGCCUAAAAUGAGAACGGUUACCAUGAUGCUUGAAGGUGCUCUCUUGGUCCCUGCUCCGCCAUGUCCUUUCCUCUAUAGUUUCAAGCCUAAAGAUUCAUCCAUCAUAAACCCCGAGUUUCCAUGAAUGGAAAUUAUAAAUAACAAAGGUAGUUCUUUUAUCAAUAUAUACCUACAUGUGACUUCCAAAUAAAGGUAGCACUUCUGGGUUUUUCAGCUUUUCAUGCUCUUGCUCAGCAAAACUGUUAAUGCUCAAAGGUAGAAUGGUAUUUGCAAUAUAACUCUUAAGUUAGU